AAUACAACCGGGCCUGGGGCUGGGGGCUGCGGGCGGGCAGCUAGUCAUCUAUAAAAAAAGAGAAUUCCUACGGCAAGGGGCUUGUUUGUCUGCGGCGCUGGCUUGGCAGGGGCGGAUCCCAGCUCUCCUGCCAUGCAGCAGGAAACAGGAAGGUUUGUGCUCCCCCCCUCCUGCCUGCACUCUGACGAGGGCUCAUUAAACAGCCCUAUUUUCAAACUGAAGUUGCAGGCAACAAAGCUGGAGUUCAUAUACACUCCCCUCCACUCAGCAAACAGGCGCCAGCCUGCACCCGGCAGGGAGAGGAGCCUUCUGAGGUGUGUGGGGGACAAACCGGUGGGAGCUGCAGAACCUCAGGCCCAGGUGCAACGCAGCAGCUAAGGGGUGAGUGAACAGGUUCACCCUUCGCCUCGAGUCCAUCUGCACCGACCGUCCCAGCGACUGGGAGAGCAUGGCAGCACCGCGGAUUGCACUGCAGAGGCUCCUGCUGGGUGCAGCCUUGCUGCAGCUGGAAGGGUCAAAGUCCCAUUCUGAGGAGUUCCCGCCCUACAUCAUUGAUCACCCAACAGACUUGGUGGUGCGUUGGGACCAGCCUGCCACCCUGAACUGCCGUGUGGCAGGGAGCCCGGCACCCACUAUUGAGUGGUACCGCAAUGGGGAGUAUGUGGAAACGAGCAAAGACAACGUUUAUUCCCAGCGUACCCUUCUGCCCGAUGGGUCGCUCUUCUUCCUCCGCCUCAACCAGCGGAAGGGCCAGUCCGACGAAGGCGUUUACACCUGUGUAGCCAUGAACCACCUGGGCACAGCCAGCAGCAAGAACGCGUCCCUGUACAUUGCCGCGCUGCGGGAAGAUUUCCGGCUGCAGCCCAGCAACCUGCUGGUGACGGUGGGGGAGCAGGUGCUGUUAGAGUGUGCGCCCCCGAGGGGGCAUCCCGAGCCCACCAUCUCCUGGAAGAAGGACGGGGUCCCCAUAAGCCAGAAGGCUGGCCAUUACGAGGUCUCCAGCGGGAAGCUCCUGAUGGUGCACGCCCAGAGGAGUGAUGCGGGGCUGUAUGUGUGUGUGGCUUCCAACCAGGCAGGCCAACGAGAGAGCAAAGCUGCCCUGGUGUCUGUCCUGGAAAAGCCAACGUUCACUCGCAGACCCAAUGAUAUUGUGGCCAAAUUUGGCAGCACCGUCCAGCUGGGGUGUGGUGUUGAGGGGGACCCACUGCCCAAAGUAUGGUGGCACAAGGAGCACGGAGAGCUGCCCUGGGGCAGGCACGAGGUGGACGAGGAGAACACCUUGCGGAUUCAUUAUGUGACGACGUUUGACUCCGGCAGGUACAUCUGCACGGCCCAGAACCAGGUGGGCACCGCCUCGGCCAAGGCCUCGCUCACUGUGCAGGACCCCCUGGACACUGGCCAGAGGGAGUGGCCGAAGGACGUCCCGCGGGAGAUGAUGGACGUCCAGCUGUACCUGGACAACAGCACCGCGCUUCCCUCCUCACCCGCCGUCUACCUGCACUGGAAGGUGAUCCGCCCGUCCCAGCACACUGAGGGUCAUGCUGUGCUGUACCGCUCCCUGCUGCCGGUCAGCACGGACUGGGUUGAAUGGAAGGUGCCCAGGGAGCACGGCAUCGUCAUCCCAGCCCUCAAGAGAGGCUACAAGUAUGAGUUCAAGGUUCGGCCCUAUGCCGGGAAGGUCUAUGGCCCGGACAGCAACGUCAGGCACCUCUGGAUCCCGGAGGAAGUGCCUAGCGCAGCUCCUCAGCAUGUCACCAUCACGGCAGUGGAGGAUGGGAAUGGCACAGCGCUCAUCAGCUGGGACCCCCCUCCCCACCACGCACACAACGGCAUCAUCCGGGGCUACAAGGUCUGGUACCUGGGCAAUGAAACUCACCAUCGCUCUAACAGGACCGUGGAUGGAGGGACACACAGUCUGGAAACAGUCUUGCUGCCGGCUGGGGUUAAAUACUGUAUCCAGGUGGCAGCCUUCAAUGGAGCUGGGCUCGGGGUGCCCAGCAAUGCCACAUGCAGCAGCGUAGAGCCCUUGGUGGGACAGACGGCCAGGACCCCGGCGGUGCUCUCCGUCAGCCACAUCCUGGCAGUGAUUCGCCAGCCUGUCUUCAUCGCUAGUGUGGGCUCGCUGCUCUGGCUCGUGCUGAUGGUGCUGGCUGUCUACCUGUGCCAGCACCACGCCAGGCAUUACAGUCGAGAACAGCAGCAUGCCCUGGGCAAAGGUCUGUGCCGAUACUCCAGUGAAGACACCAUCGUCAAGCACGCGAUGGACGUGAGUGACUCCCCGUGGCUGGCUGACAGAUGGAAAGCCACCUCCUGCUCCAAGACCUUCAGCAGCAGCAACAGCAGCAGGUCGAGCAGCCAGCUCCUGUGGGCAGAGACCAAAGACAGCCUGGACUUCCACCGCUCCACCGUGUCCUUUGACAGGCCGAGCCAGAGCUCCCAGAUCCCAGCCGUCCCACGGGGUCCCGACAGCAGCAGCCUGUACAGGGUGCUCUAUGUCGACCUUCCUGCCAAGGACAUGCAAACCUUCCACCGCCCCCCGCUGCCCAGCACCCCUGGCCCUCACCGCAGAGCCGCGGAGCCCGGGGGACCCACAGACCCCAGGCUUGGGCCCCGUUACAGGCAGAGCCUCGGCGUGGAGAGCAGCUGUGCAAGGGGAGCCGAAAAGAGAGGGCUGUGGAAGCCAGCGGGCCCCGGGCCCCCCAGCCUCACCCUGCAGGGACCCUUGGAGAGCAGCAGCAAGAGAGAGCUGCAGCAGGCGCACAGCACCCCUGUGCUGUCACCCAGCCUCCCGGCAUACUCCACCAGCCCUAGCAGAGCGCCCAGCACCAGCAGCUCAGGAAAGCGUCACGCAGGCAAAGGAGAGGAAACCAAAGUGCUGAAAACCUUCAGCUCCCCCAAGCUGCUGCAGUCCAGAGGCUCACUGCACGGAACUGGCACAUUGCCCCCCCCUCCAGCUCCUCCCACUCCGCACGGCCCCCAGGGCCAGGGCAUGCAGCCAGAGAGCAGAGACGGAGGGGAGGCAGCCAGGCCUUUCCCAGCUGGAGAGUUGCAGCCGAGCACAAAGGACGCCCUUCGGAGUGUGCUGCCCUCACCCUCGCUGCCCUACCGCGCUGCCUCUCCCGCACCCUCGCUCGGCGACGACGGGGAGGCCGUGCUGACGCCGGACCAGGUGGCCGCGUACCUGGAGCUCAGCGCGGAGGCCGAGUGCCAGAGGCACCGGCAGGAGAGCACCUUCUCCCCUCCGCACACCUACGGGUACAUCUGCGGCCCGCUGCGCUCCGAGCUGGGGGCGGGGCCUGCUCCCGAAGAGGACGACGACCCCGACGCGGAGGGGAGCGGCUGUCAGUCCAUGCCCUUCUUGCACCGGUACUGCCGGAGGCCCUCGUCCAGCCGCAGCGAGGCGGAGGGCUCGCUGGGCGGCUCCCUGCUCAACGGCUGGGGCUCGGUCUCCGAGGAGAACUUCACCAGCACACGCUGCAGCCUGGUCAGCUCCUCCGACGGCUCCUUCCUCGUGGACGCCAACUUCGCGCAGGCCCUGGCCGUGGCCGUGGACAGCUUCUGCUUUGGGCUGAGCCCGAGCGAGGCCGAGCAGGCCUACCCAGACUUCUCGCCGCCCGCUUCCCCGCUGGAUGGGCUCCUUCCCCGUCCCGAGCGCUGGGAGGGCGUGGCGUGGGCUGGAGCGGAGCCCCUUCCCCUUCCCACCUGGGAGUGGAGCACCGGCUGGCUGGAGGACAUGGAGGCCAAGUACUCCCAGAGGCCCGAGGGGACACCUGCUGCUGAGAAGCCGGAGGGGAAGGCAGCACUGAACGGGACCCGGCCCCUCGCUGGGCCAAACGGUGCCUGCAUGGCGGAAUCCAGCAGCCCCACUGCGGGGACGAUGGGGGAAUGCCAGCCCCCCUGCCCUGCUGCCCACAGUCCCAUGCCAAACAGCUCUGCCAUUCCCAGGAGGGGCGAGAAGACCAGGGUCGUGCUGCAGUCACUGGACGCGGGGGCGACAGGAGUCCAGGCGUAGAAAGCUGAGCACGUUCUGUGCCAGGCGGGCGCAACGUCUGUAAUGCCCAAAGCCCAGAGAGACUCUCGGGGCACUGUGGGCCUGGGGGCGAGCGCUUGGCUACUACUGUGCCCACCCCCAGUGCCUGCUAGACACGUCUGGCCCCUGGUCAUUGGCAACAGAAUCCCUGAAGAAAGGCUUUUGAUGCUUCCCCCAAUGUGGGCUGCGAUCCCAUGUGGGAGGGAUUCCCCAGGCUGCCCCACACGCUGAGGGGGAGCAUUCAGCAUGAGAGACGGGAAGGGCCAGGCAGGUGGGGCAGCGCAGAGACCCUGCCGAACUCUACACCAGCCGCGUGCAGGAGAGGAGCCCCACGCAACAUGGCCUGGCCACGGGGCUUGGCGCAGGCGUCUCUAGCCAGCAAACGUUGCCUCCUUUUCUCUUGAGUGCCUGGUCCCUGGCAGGACUCCACCCACUGCCCCACUCACAGGCUGGCGCUCCAUGUGGGGGCCAAGCCCGGAUUCCUGCUAUUGGCUUCAGGGUCGAUCUCUGCUCUGUGACACUGUCUGGGGCACCCGCCAUCGUGGGCUUUUCCCAGGUCAUACGGGGAACCCUCGGGUUUGGAGGCCCCUGCAGCUGCUGUCAGUUACCAGAGGCCUGCAUUUGCUGCCCAGGUUGGAGCUGGGAGCCCGGCGGCCCUGCCCACCCAGCUGGGUUCACCACACUCGAAACUGGGGGUUGUCUGGCAAUUGCCUGUUCCGGUUUAGUCAGCUCUGCAGGGGCGCUAGCCUGGGGGCGUUUAAUAUUUCUUUUCAUGGCUGUUGUGAGACGUUUUCCUAACCUGCCUGAUUUCCCAGUGCUGUGGCCUUAUUCCUGUAAAUAAAGAGAGCUUUUCCAGCGA